ACGUGUUACCCGGUUAACACCUGAACCGCUCCCUAUAAAAUUCCGAGUUUUGCAUGCAUAUUCAUCCUUCGGCAGAAUCAAAUCUUAUCAACCAUGGGAUCUGUUUCAGACGAGAGCAAGCAGCAUUUACUCUUGGAUAUCGGUGACGAGAAAUCGGUGACGGAACCGAAAUUUCGGAUCCGAAAUCUGACAAAACGGACCGAAACUGGGGACCCGAUUCUUAAAGGGGUCUGUCUCGACAUUCGGAAGGGUAUGAUCGUGGGAAUAAUCGGGCCGAGCGGCGGCGGGAAAUCGACGUUGCUGAGGGCCUUGAACCGGCUGUGGGAACCGGAUGCCGGUUCGAUCUUUCUCGACGGGGAGGAUGUAUGUGAGCUGGAUGUAUUGCAGCUCCGGCGCAGAGUAGGGAUGCUCUUUCAAAUGCCCGUUCUUUUCGAAGGAACCGUAGCAGACAACUUACGGUACGGACCGCAGCUGCAGGGCCAGAAGCUAACGGACGCCGAGGUGUCGACGCUGCUAACCUGCGCCGACCUCGAUCCGUCCUUUGCCGCAAGAAACGGCAACGACCUUUCGGUGGGCCAAGCACAGAGAGUGGCCCUAGCAAGGACCCUUGCCAACGAACCCGAGGUGCUGUUAUUGGAUGAGCCAACGAGCGCUCUUGAUCCGAUCUCAACGCAGCAUGUAGAGGACACGAUCGUGCGGCUCAAGAAAACUCAUGGGCUGACAACCAUCAUGGUCUCUCACAGCAUCAAGCAGAUAAAGCGAAUCGCUGACUUGGCGUGCCUCGUCGUCGAGGGCCAGGUUGUGGACAUUUUAGAACCGAAGGAUCUCUCGCGGGCCCAGCAUCCUAUGGCUCAGAUGUUCCUUGAAUUCAGCUCUUAAUCUUCCCAUUGCCUGAAUACAGAAUAACUGUGUGAUGUGACGUUCCAGGCCAAUGCAAAAUUGCAGUGUUUUAAGUGAUCUGGAGUGUCCAUCUAGUGGGCCCCACUGUAAUUGGGCCCAUCACAAAAGGGCGAAUAGAUCCAAUAAUUGCAACAAGGUUUUUUGCUCAUGAAAUGUGGACCAUUGUUUGGCUACUCAAAUGAGGCCUUCUGUAGCAAAAAUGGUGUCUGGCCCACCCGUGGGUCAAAUAAGGGCCCACCAAGAAUCAUCACUUUCAAAGGAUGAAGAGUUAUGAUCCAACUAAAACAUACUAUAAAUAGUAAAAACGAAAUUAAAAUGGAUUUUUGACCAUCGAUCUGAUGGAAUCUUGCAAAUUCGGAGUGGACAACCCGGCAUAACGGGUCAGGCCCAGGUGAGUCAGCCCGAGCCUGACCUGUUUACUGAAUAGGCAACAGUGGCCCAACCUGACCCCAUUUAAAAAUGAGCAAUACCCACUUAAAAUUGGACCCGAUCAUGCCGGAAUUAUCAAUGAGCUAUAUAGAUGGGUCAGGUUGGGUAGGGUUCAAUUGAAGCUUGACCCAUUCACUAAAACGGGCCACAUAUUUAACCUGAGCCCUAAGCACUACCCAUUUAGCUUGCCGCGAACCCAAUGCGGGUCAGGCCAGUUGACCAGUGAUGUAGAGUGGGUCGCGGACAUUCUCAUGUCCAAGAUGGACUAGAGAAGGCCCGAUCGGAGGCGGAAGUGAUUAGGACCGUCAGAACUCUAAAAUAGGCAUAUCUCGCAAACCGGAAUGAGUUAUUCGACCGACCAAUUUUGAGGUAGGAGAAGUUACUUUAGCCACCCAACCUGCCAUACCUGGUUGUCCACACGGAAUAUGCAAGAUUCCAUCAGAUCGGUGGUUGAAAAUCCAUUUUAAUUUAGUUUUUUCUAUUUAUAAUAUGUUUUAGUUCGAUCAUAACUCUUUGUCCUUUAAGUUGCCGUAGUUGUGCCCAAUAUGAAAAGGGCUUAGAAAAUUUAGAAGAAUAACGUGGUUAGGCCAAAUAGGACACUACUUUUGGCCAAAAACCAUGAAGUCUAGUAGGAAUCACGGCUAUUCAUGGUAAGUCAUGAAUUUCAUGGAGUUUGACUUUGACUUUGAUUCUGAAAUUUGUUCGGUUUGAUAUCACUAUUUAAUGGAUUGUAAAUUUGUUUUUAUCAUCUAUCAAGUAAUUUUUGAAUUUCUUAUAA